AUGGGUAGGAUCGUUUGUAGAUCGGACUUCCGUUACGAAAAGCAGUUCGAACAACAUGACACAAGAGCUCAGUCACGUGUUUGCGGGACUAGCUCAUAUUGCGACUGCCAUUUCGACGAUUGCAUUCUCGGCGUUCCCAAUGGCUUUCAAAAGGGACGUUUCUCUCCGUAUCUAGUGUAUGCUUGCUCGGAUCACCUGCUCACUACAGUAUCUCCAGCUCUUGUCACAAGGUUGUAUCUGCGGAUGGCUCACAUUGAUGUCGAAUCGGCGCUGCCAUCGGGGCAGUCCCUCUCGAAUGCUCAGGUCCUGUUGCGAUAUCUGCUUCCAGAUCAUUUGACCUCUAUGAGAUAACCUUGCGACUGAUCUCGGUCAUAUUGGCAAAGAUGAUGUAGGGUUCAGCACGGAGCGCCGCAUUCUGGUGGUCAAUAGGUGCGGGAUCGCAUUCAUCGUAUCGAUUGCUAUCUCCCCCUUUCGUUCAAUAAAUCAUCGAAAUUCGACGCCGACGUCUUGUUGCCACCAUCAACUUAUGUCCGAUAGGAUUGAACACGCUCUGAAAGCAUAUUGCCUCUUCCAAGCAAGCACUCUGCGUACACACAAGACAAGCUAUAAUCGGAAACUUCGGCUGUCAACUGAUAUACGCCAGAUGCCAGCGGGAGCUUGGUCCCACAUGCAUACUUGCAAUCGAUUCGGCUGUCUCGGGACAUACCCCAUUUCUUAUGUAUGCAUCCGCCGGGAUAGUUGACCUGGCGGAGGCGUUUGUGUGCAACCGGACUUCCAUCUUUGGGCCUGACGCCUCGUUUUUGGAUGAUCAUGAAGUGCGCCCGUAUACAUCGAUACUGCUACCACCUGGCACUUUGAGCUCGUUCUCCCUUUUCUGUCAUGAUUCCGAAGAAAUCUCAAAGUCGUUCCCAUGGUCCCUCCGCAGAAUAUGACCACCCAUCGCAUCAUCUGUCGUUGGUUCUUUGAACGAUUCGAAGAUUCAUUCUAGCUUUCGAAUAUGGUAUAUAUACCCUCUACUCAUUCUGGUAUUUUGAGUGCUUUGUCCACUCUUUUACCCUUCUCCGAUCUCUCCCCCCUUGU